CCUCCUCCUCCGCCUCCUCCCCUCUCUGUCUUUGUAUGGAGCCGGACAGCCUGCAGUGAGAGCCCGGCAGACUCGAUAAAGAGGCGCACAGAUGAGACAGCAGCGUCUCUCUGGGAGCAAACACACACCAUGUCGCACAACAAGUCCUCGCUGACCCCAGGAGACGUGGAGAACCUGCGGAGGAGAUCCGCGGCUGACUCUUCAGAGAGGUACGUAGAGCCUGAUCAGCAUCACCAGUUACCACGGCGACAGUCCCAGAAUGAGUGGCUCGGCGUUGGCCUCCAGCAUCCGGAGCUGGGCGCAGUGGAGUCGCCCCCACCAGAGGCCUCCUCCCACCACAUCUGCCACUACACGCCCAAAUGUUUCCUCACCGUCCACAGAGGAGGACACGGCACGUCGGCCCGGUCCACUCCCACACGAGGGGCCCGGUCCACUCCGUCACGGUUUGGAGAGGAGGGCUGGCAUGAAGGCACCACAAAGACAACAAUCAGAGCUGAGAAUGAGGUGGAGGCGCACAGGGAGGCCAACAACUACAAGUUUGGCUUCAGGAAGUGGAAGGCCCAUGUGACGGAGAGGCCCAUUGAGGACCAAUCAGACCUCAUCAAGGAGCUCUACUCUGAUCUUACAGUUGUGAAGCCUCGAGAAGGCUCUGUGUUGACUUUGGGGAAUAUACUUUACGUAUUUUUAUUCGGAUGGUGGAUAUCUCUAAUCUACCUCCUCAUUUGUCCUGUGAUGUGUUUGACGAUCUUUGGCGUCCCGUAUGGCAAACUUUGCUUAAAGAUGGCGUGGUACUUUAUUUGGCCAUUUGGGAGAUCAUUAGAAAAGGCCGGUGAUGUAGUUUGGAGACCCAUCAUCAGGCCUCCAAAGAUCGAGGUCAUUCCUGAAGAAGGUGUCAGUGAAGACAGUAAGGACCACACCAGGGACUCCGCGCCCCUCCUCAUGUCCUCCCCGGUACCUGUUGAGAUCCCCGUCCCAGAACCCGCCGCUACAAAAACUUCACAUCACUGGUGUCGCAUCAGUACUUAUCUCUGGUUGUUACUGGGUUACCCUGUCCUGGUUGUGGUCCACUGCCUCGCCUGCGUGCUCUCCUGGCUGCCGGUCUUCACCAUACCUGUAGCCAAGAUGAAUGCUCGCAUGAUGACCAAAGUCCUCCUCAUGGCACCGGAGGACAUUCAGAUUCACACACUGGAAAAGACGUAUAUGUGUGAGGGCAGAGUCAUCUUAUGCUGUUACCAAGCUUUCAAUGUGUAUUACUACAAAUACACCGUGCAAGGAAUCAGCAUUUUUGCUCUGAACCUUCUUCCCCUGGUAGUAAUCACUUUGGUUAUUGGCUAUGUUGACCAUGAACACGCUUAUAUCAGCGCAGAGACCAAGUUUGCCACGGCCAUCACCUCCAUCAUUCCUCUGUCGUACUUCAUUGGCAUGGGUAUUGCCAGCAUUUCCGCCCAGAGUAACUUCGCGGUGGGAGCGGUGGUGAACGCCACGUUCGGCUCCAUCACGGAGAUGACGUUCUACAUCACGGCGCUGCUGCGAGGACACAAGGCCGCCACCAAGUGUUACGAAGAGAUCGUCAAAGCAGCGCUCACGGGGACCUUGCUUGGCUGCAUACUGUUCAUACCUGGUAUCUGUAUGGUCAUCGGGGGCAUUAAACACAGAGAGCAGCGUUUCAACAGUCGCUCAGCCGGAGUGAGUUCAGCUUUGCUCUUCAUCUCCAUCGGAGGUGUGUUUGCCCCAACGCUCUUCUCGAAGAUCUUCGGUAAUCUGGUGUGUGAAAGCUGCACCAGCACUCCAGGCAAUGGCAGCGUACCCUUCGUCUGCAAGGACUGUCACUACGACUCGAGUCAAACUGACCAACAUUUCAUUCUGUCCCAAAUCGAGCCUCUGGUGUACACAAUCUCUGUGCUGCUGCCCGCUGCGUACCUGAUCGGCCUCAUCUUCACUCUGAAGACCCACUCCCACAUCUAUGAUAUCCAUAUCAGCGAUGGCCAAGGGGGCCAUGCACACGCAGGUCACCAUCAUGUGGUCUGGUCCCGCUGGAGGGCUCUCGGAGUGCUGAUCGUCGCCACGGUGUUGAUGGCCUGCUGCGCUGACCUCAGCACGGAGAACAUCGAGCCGUUGCUGAUGGAUGCCUCCAUUUCCCAGUACUUCAUCGGUGUCACGUUGUUGGCCAUGGUGCCGGAGCUUCCCGAGAUUGUCAACGGGGUCAUGUUUGCAGUGCAGAACAAUAUCAGCCUGAGCCUCGAAGUGGGCAGCUGCAUCGCCGUGCAGGUCUGCAUGAUACAGAUCCCACUGCUCAUACUCUUCAACGCCUUCUAUGAUGUUGGGUUCGUGCUCGUGUUCAGUGACAUUCAUCUCUGGUCGAGCAUCUUCAGUGUCAUUCUGGUCAACUACAUCUUCAUGGACGGAAAGUGUGACUACUUUCAGGGCACUGCUCUUGUGGUGGUCUACCUCAUCCUUCUGGCUCUUUACUUCUUCGCUCCUUCUCCACGUUCUUGUUGAUCUGCCUGCCAAGAAAAUUCCCUCCAAAGGCUUCCACUAUUAUCUUCAGGUGGUGUUUGUUCAGUGGCACAAAAGAUGGAAAAAGAGUUCGGUUGUGUAAGAGAAUAGCCGUCUGCUUUCGUCAGUAUGUGACGGUGGCAUUUUCCCAUUUCUGGAUGUUGUAAAGCACCUGUGACUUUGACUUAUUUGUUUUGCGUCUGCAUAAAAUAUACAUUUAUUUUUUUGUUUCUAAAUCAUUGUAAUAUGUGGUUUAUACUAGAUACAAUAAAUGCAUCAAUUUGUAAAACGUC